AAACUCUUUUUUAAUAGGAUUGAGUCACCGAGUUUAAAGCUGCUAGGAAUCAUGUUGAUUAUUUCUUUUGGGAUAUUAUUAACAGUUGCAAAGGAAACAGAGUUUCAGUUUUGGGGAUUUAUCUUUGUUAUGCUAGCUGCCGUUAUGUCUGGGUUCCGCUGGACUAUGACUCAGAUACUUCUGCAGAAAGAAGUCUAUGGUUUAAAAAAUCCACUCAUGCUAAUGAGCUAUGUUACUCCAGUGAUGGCUAUUUCAACUGCUGUGCUGUCUCUCAUUUUUGAUCCAUGGCAUGAGUUCGGAGACAACAUUUACUUUGAUAGCUCAUGGCACAUUACUAGAAGUUGUUUGCUGAUGCUUUUUGGUGGAACAUUGGCUUUCUUUAUGGUUUUGACGGAGUAUAUUCUUGUGUCUGUUACUAGUGCAGUAACAGUGACGAUAGCGGGAGUUGUAAAGGAGGCUGUCACUAUCUUGGUUGCUGUGUUUUACUUCCAUGAUAAGUUUACCUGGAUGAAAGGGGUUGGUCUCUUGACAAUAAUGCUUGGUGUCAGUUUGUUUAAUUGGUACAAGUAUGAUAAAUUACAAAAAGGAAAUCUAAGUGAAGAUGAAAUGUCAGGAUCCUCAAUGCAAAAUGCAGCUGCAAAGUAUGUUAUUCUUGAAGGAUUGGAAGAUCAAGAUGAUGGUCCUUGAAAUUCCCAUACCGCAUUAUCUGCAUUUGCAAAUUUAAUGACUGCUGCCAAUGCUGAUAUUUUCAAGGAAGGGUGAGUUAUCAUAUAUGGAUUAUUAUACCAAGAAGCUCAAAUGGGACCAAAGUGACAGCAUCAACUGGUCUUUGUUCAGCUUAACCCUGCCCUAGACAGCCUUUUAUCAGUUUGCUGGUGAAAGAAAGAAGCUUUUGUUCAUCAUUAUUGUUGGUAAAAAGAUUGAUCUGUUUCCAUACAUAAUUCUAAGGGCUCCAAUUUUGUUAAACAAUUUUUUUACAUUGUUCUUAUUGUAUCUCUGUAGUUUGGCAUCAAAAUUUCAUCCUCAUUUAUUCAAAUAUUUUUCCGGUUCUAUCUCCUUCUCGUUUGUUCACCUUAGUAGGCAUUGACCAUUGUUAUAUAUCUUUAGUUUACUUGUAAAACAGGUUUGACAUAGUAUUUUAGACAGGCUUUUGCUUUGAUUUAU